AUGGCUUUAACAACUUCUCCUUUGGUUAAUUCUUCAUGUCUUAUCUUUUGGAAAUUCAGAAUUCCCCCUAAGGUCAAAUUCUUCUUGUGGAAAUUGGAACACCAAGUUCUGCCUACUAAAGUCUUUCUAGCAGGAAGACUUCACAACUCAAAUUUCUCUCCUUUUUGCUCUUGGUGUUCGACUCAUGAGGAAUCUUUACGACAUUUGUUUUUGGAAUGUACACUAGCAGAAUGGUGCUGGAAUGAGAUCUGCAGCAUGUGGAGUAUUAGAAGGGAUAGUUUGGUUCAGAUGGAUUUCUCGCUUAUAAACCUUUUUGGUUUAGUUCAGGAAGCUGAGGUAAAAGAAACCUGGCAUUCAGUUGCCUCGGCAACAUUGUGGUCCAUCUGGAUAUUCAGAAAUGAUUUUGUUUUCAACAAUAGAAAACCGAAGAAAGAUGGAGUCUUAAGCAUUUUAAAAACCAGGGUGCAUAAAUGGCUUGAGGUUAAUGGUAGCCUCAGCAAAAGCUGGGAAAAUUUAUUUAAUGUUAACCCGGUGGGAGCCAUCAGAUUGAGCUUUAAGCAGCAGUGCGUAGUUUUUUGGGAAAGUCUGAGGAGAAAAUAUGAUUUGAUAGUGGCAAUUGAUGGAGCAGUAAGUAAAAAAUCUGCUUCAACAAGUCAUGCAGGAAUAGGAGGAGUAAUCAAGAAUAAAGAUGGAGCUUUAAUAUAUGUAUUCUCAGGACCGUCUUCAGCGAGUCACGCUUUUGAAGCUGAAAAGGAAGCAUGCAUGCAUGUCGUCAACAGUAUGGCGGGUAAAUUCCCUAACACCUUCAAGAUUGUUAUCUGUUCUGAUUCUGUGGAAACAAUUAAGUAUAUGGAAGAUUUAAAAUACGAAGCGGUCAUAAAUAAUAAUGGUAGGCAUGGCUGCAUGGAGGUAUUAUUUCAGUCAGAUUUUAGAGCUAUAAAUAGGAGGGUGAAUUUUGAGGCUGAUGGGCUUGCGAAAAGUGGGAUCGCUAAAGCCCAGCUGGAGGAGGAAUGGACUUGA